CCCAAUCAACAAAGCCGCUACUUGCGGGCCUGAAUCCCUCUUCAACCUUGUGCUGUCUGGAGGGGACCUUCAACCAGCUCCGCGGUGCACCGGCAGCGCCUUCAUCAGCGGCUUCAUCAGCUCUAAAGAAGAAGAAGAAGAGGGAAGAACACAUUCACACAGACACUAUGUCCUUCCUCACUGCCAGCAGGCUAGCACCUAAACUCCUCAACUCAAAGAAUGCCACCUACUUCCUUGUGGCUGCCAGAAAUGCCAGCGCAUCAACAACAAAUCUGAAGGAUGUUCUGGCAGACCUCAUCCCUAAAGAACAGACCAGGAUCAAGAACUUUAAACAACAGUAUGGCAAAACCAACAUAGGACAGGUUUCUGUUGACAUGGUCUAUGGAGGUAUGAGGGGGAUGAAGGGUCUGGUGUACGAGACCUCUGUGUUGGAUCCUGAUGAGGGCAUCCGUUUCCGGGGCUACAGCAUUCCAGAGUGUCAGAAGUUGCUGCCCAAAGCUCCAGGAGGUGAGGAGCCGCUGCCUGAGGGCCUCUUCUGGCUGCUGGUCACAGGACAGGUGCCCACUGAGGAGCAGGUGAACUGGGUGUCCAAAGAGUGGGCGAAGAGAGCAGCACUUCCCUCUCACGUUGUCACCAUGCUGGAUAAUUUCCCUACAAACCUACACCCCAUGUCUCAGUUCAGCGCCGCCAUCACAGCUCUGAAUAGCGAGAGCGGUUUUGCACGGGCAUACUCCGAGGGUGUCCACAAAUCCAAGUACUGGGAGUUUGUCUAUGAAGACUCCAUGGACUUGAUUGCCAAGCUGCCCUGCAUUGCCGCCAAGAUCUACCGCAACCUGUACCGUGAAGGCAGCAGCAUCGGAGCCAUCGACUCAAACCUGGACUGGUCCCACAACUUCACCAACAUGCUGGGCUACAGUGAUGCCCAGUUCACUGAGCUAAUGAGGCUCUACCUCACCAUCCACAGUGACCACGAAGGAGGCAAUGUCAGUGCCCACACCAGCCACUUGGUGGGUAGUGCCCUGUCUGACCCUUACCUGUCCUUCAGCGCUGCCAUGAAUGGCCUGGCUGGUCCUCUGCAUGGCCUGGCCAAUCAGGAGGUGCUGGUGUGGCUGACUGCCCUGCAGAAGGAGUUGGGCGGAGAGGUGUCUGAUGAGAGGAUGAGGGAUUACAUCUGGAACACACUGAAGUCUGGAAGGGUGGUGCCAGGCUAUGGCCAUGCUGUCCUGAGGAAGACUGACCCACGCUACACCUGCCAGCGUGAGUUUGCCCUGAAGCACCUGCCCAACGACCCCAUGUUCAAGAUGGUCGCCCAGCUUUACAAGAUUGUACCCAACGUGCUGCUGGAGCAGGGCAAGGCCAAGAACCCCUGGCCCAAUGUGGACGCCCACAGCGGAGUGCUGCUGCAGUACUACGGAAUGACUGAGAUGAAUUACUACACUGUUCUGUUCGGCGUGUCCCGAGCCCUCGGUGUGCUGGCUCAGCUGGUGUGGAGUAGAGCCCUGGGCUUCCCCUUGGAGCGCCCCAAGUCCAUGAGCACGGAUGGACUGAUGACACUGGUGGGAGCCAAGUCAGGUUGAAGAACCAGUUGAAAAAGAGCUGGGGGGUUAGUGUGAAGGGUGGGAGGAGGUGGAAACAUCAAAAAGGCAGACAUGAGUUGACCCCCUGUCAUUUCCAACCCCAGGGAUUCAAUGGGAUUCAAAGAGACAGUACGCUUUUAAUGUCAUUUCACAAAAGAAGGGCCUUUUUAAACCGUCACACCAUUAGUGUUUCAUUGUGUUUAGUUAAGUUUUCCCAUCAGGUCUCUACAUUUGCGACAUGAAAGGUGAAAACUUGACACAUACAUGAAACCCACAGUAGGCUCAAAAAGCUAUGUACCAUUAUAAGUCUGCUAGCAUCACUAAGAUUGUCCCCUGUGCAGUGCCUGCGCGUUUGUCAUUAGGUGCUGGGUCUGAACUAUGAAUAGGCAGUGGCAUUCAAAGGGAAUUAUGGGAGUGAAAUACACUUCCUUUGUAUUUGUUUAAAGAUCUAAAGUUAAAUAGCUGCUGCUUUCGGCUAAUGCAGUGAAUUGUUUUAGAGGCUAUCCCCAAGCAAAAGAUUGUUUUCCUCCAAUUAAGACUUAGUUUUUCUAUGCAAUGUUCCCAGAUGUCCUCCCACCCAGUCUAUCCACGUGUUUCACUCCCAUUUAUGAACACUCCAGUUUAGAAUAAAGGUCCUUACCAUUAAAAUUAACAAGCUGUUCAAGAUAUAUGUUCAAAAACUCUGUUAAAAGAUACUGCCCCUUUAAAUCUUUGGUCCCUCCUUUUUCUCCAACUUGUUGUUUUGUUUUCUUUUAAAGAUGACCUAUAUCACCUCUAUGAUCAAAAUAACUGUCUUAUCUAUAUAGAAAUUCUUCGUUAACACGCUUUCCUCUUUUUUUGAAUGGGUCUCUGCUCAAAGGGUCUUCUGAAUGGUCGAGAAACAAGAGUAAUGUACAGUAACAAUACAUAUUUGAGCAAAGGGUGUUGUAAUUGGCAGCCUGUCGUAGAUCCUUAAGAGCAAGCUUGAAUAAAAAGAGGGAUAGGGGGUGUUUGUUAAAGUCCUGUCUUAUUUGAGUGUAUGUUUGUGAUUUUAUCCCCACAGGAGAGCGUUUUAAACAUCAACUACUCCAAAAUGAGCACUUGCUUGAUUGGAUUUCCUAAUUUGUAGCCGUAGAAACCCCCCCAGGUUGAUUGUGUCACCUUUUACAGAGUUUUUUUUGGUGUUGAAUAUGUAUAAAACUAUAAUCAUUGGUUUUUCAUUUUGUGGUUUUAUUUAUACUUUGUGUACAUAGGUAUAUAUAUGUAUAGCUUGAAUGUAUGAGCUCUGUGCGAUCACUUGCUUGUAACAACCACAAUGAUUACCAUAGUUUACCAACAAUGUCGUGGUGUCCAGUCUCACUGUAGCGUUCAGUCUCACUGUAACGUUCAGUCUCACUGUAGCGUUCAGUCUCACUGUAGCGUUCAGUCUCACUGUAGCGUUCAGUCUCACUGUAACGUUCAGUUUAGUCUCACUGUAACGUUCAGUCUAGUCUUACUGUAACGUUCAGUUUAGUCUCACUGUAACGUUCAAUCUCACUGUAACGUUCAGUCUAGUCUCACUGUAGCGUUCAGUCUCACUGUAGUGUUCAGUCUCACUGGUCACUGUGAAACUCAAACAACGAACAAAAAGAAAAACUGCAGCUAUCUUGUAUAUACACGAUUUCAUGCCUAGCUCUGUGGGCUUAGCCGGUGCUGUUUUUCAGGUGUUUCACUUGAAUGUUUCAAGCUUGCUCUUAAGUUCUGGGUUUGUCAACACUCCAUUUUUGUGUAGUUUAAGUCUUUUUUCUUCUUCUUCAAAGUACUCAUGCCGUGUUAGUCAGUACUUCACUCAGACGUUUGAAUCUCUGCUCUGCUACCAUCCUCCUGGCUUUUAUCAGACGCAUUUGCGUUUUAUUGUAGUGUUCUUCCUUGUGGUGGGUCGUUCAAGAGACGCAGUUAUUUUGAUCGUAGUGGAGCAUAAAGGUUGUCAUGAUAACUGGGAGAAUUCAUUGCAGAUGGAUUCAUCAGAGAAACACUUGGGGGAUGGGGCUGGAUGGGUCAUAAGGGCAAGAUAAACUUGAGGAAAACCUAACAAAAAAAAGAAAAAUAAUAAAGGUUUUUAUUAACACUU